AUGACUGACAAAGACGCAUCCAAAACCAUUUUGAGUGCUCUGAUUGGCCCGUCAUUUCCCCUCAGGUCUCCUACCGGCGUCGAUGAUGAUAGCUGGCAUGAAAGUCCGUUAAUCUCUCGCGCGACAGUUUUCGAAGUCGACCGGCCGUGGGCAAAGCAGAACACCCACCCUGGUUUUUUGGCUUCGACAGUCCUAGCUGCUGGUGUGAUCCUUAAUGCCUUGCACCAGAGAGCGAACUUUUAUUCUGCCUGUGUCUAUCUCUCCCAGAGCACAGCGAACCUCAUGAUCCUAACGAACUUCUGCCUCUUGAUCGUCGGAUUCCUGCUAUAUGGACUUCAGAAAUUGUUAUAUGGCCCCCUCCGCCCCAUCGAAACGGAGCAGCUGUAUGAAAGGGGUUGGUUUGCCGUAACGGAAACAUGUCUUGCGAUGACCAUAUUUCGUGGAGAGAUAGGAGCUUGGUUUUUGGUCAUGUUCGUUUGCCUUUUUGUUGGUAAAGUCUGGGGAUGGAUCGGAGAGGGUCGAGUGGAAAUACUUGACCAACAACCUCCGCAACGGCCCCGUCUUUUCCAUACGCGGCUGGCACUUUCCCUGAUUUUGGCCGUCACAUUCAACACCCUCAUGCUCGAGUAUGCCGUGAAGACCGUGCUCCGCAACGCCCGACCCGACAUGAUGGUGAUGUUUGGAUUCGAGUUUGCUAUCCUCUCGAUCCUCUCGACCUCGACCGCGGCGAGAUAUGGUAUCUCCCUCUGGGAGCUCUAUGUUACCAGACAACAGCGGCACGCGAAGAUGGAGGAACGAAGAGCAGAGAUUAGAGCAGCGAGAGCAGAAGCUAUCCGGCAACAGUCGAGCGCCGGUCCGCAGGAACUUUUAAAUACCUUACCUAGCGAGGAUGACAUUGAUGAAAUGGAGCUUGACGUUCCAGGUUGGGAGGAAAAGGGCCGAUGGAUAUUUUAUCUUGAUCUUGCAACUGACUUUCUAAAACUUGUCGUUUAUCUGUCCUUCUUUGCGAUACUUUUCACCUUCUACGGCCUACCAAUCCAUAUUCUUCGAGAUGUUGUACUUACGAUGAGGUCAUUCGGGAAACGAGUUGUUGACUUCCUUCGUUACCGUAAUGCCACGAGGGAUAUGCAUCAACGCUACCCGGAUGCAACUGCGGAAGAUAUUGCCACAGGGGAUGCUGGAGGUAACCCAGACAACCUGCCAGCUGGACCGCAACAAUUUGGCUUUGGAUUUGGCUUUGAGCGACCGCCUCCAGUCCAACAACCGGCUCCAGUCCAACAAAUUCCACAACCAACCGUACCAAACGCACAAAUCAACCUCCACCAUACACAGGCUCAGCUUCAGCAAGUUGAGCAGCAUAUUUCACAAGUAAUUGAAAGCUUGCGGACUACGGCUGAGCAACUACAAGUGGUCCGUUUGUUACAAGCUGAAUUAACCAGACUUCGUGCUGCUCAAGCAAACGUGGCGCAUCCGCAUACACAACCACCACAUCAGCCACAUCCACAUCCACAUCCACAGCCACAGCCACAGCCACAGGUACCUGCUCCAGCUGUUACCCCUACUGGUAUAGCAUCAUCACAUGUUUCCUCCACUGGCACCCAAAGGCAGUUCACAUCCAAUCCACAAAUCCCUGCACUUGGCUCGGGUGAUAGUCGUCUCCCUGAAGGGCUUAGCCUGCCGCAAGACCUGGCAUUCCCAUUCUCCUCGCCAAGUCAUGGAUCCCAUGCUGAGCCGGAACAGACCAGUUCGACGAGGGGCCACACUUCAGCUAGCUCCUCUUCUGCUCCUCCAGACUGGGGUUCAACAAUAUCGAACGAAACAAUUUACAAGCCUGUAGCUGCAGCGCCUGGUGAUGACACAUCACCAGCGACAGAGGAAGAAGGAGACAAUAUUGAUGAGAGGCGGGAGGUGUCAGAUCAAUCGUUGUCUAAGGGCAAAUCCCGCGCAGCCACAGUAGAAGAUUACAUAGAAGAUAGUGCUUGA